UCCCACACCAGGAAGGAAGCUGGACUGUAGAGUGUUCUGGGCCACCCCGUGUUAGCCGCUGCCUCUGGCCUCAGUUUCCCCUUCUGCGCCUCAGUUUCCCCACCUGCGGGAUUAAUGAUGCCUGCUCUCUAGACCCAGAGGACGAAGCUCUAAGGAGGUCACAUAUGAGGAAGGGUCCAGAGCUCGGCGCAGGCUCCGUGCGGAGCCCCUAGGCCCUGCGGCUCGCCCCUCCCUCUCCCUCUCCCCCCUCCUCUCCCCCUUCUACCUCUCCCCUGCCUCUCCUCCCGCCUCUCCACUCGCUCGGCUCCCUCUUUGGCUGACCUUCCCUUUCCCUCACGCCUCCCCACGCCCAGCCCGGGGCCCCGGCACCCUGUCCGCUGCGGCCUCGGAGUGGGGAGAAGCAGCCUGAACCCCCACCGCCCCCGCCACAGCGCGGGCGGUCAGUGCGUAGCCCGGCGCCCGCAGCCCGCAGCCCGGAGCCGGAUCGCGGGCUUGGACCGAACCCGACCCGACCGCCGCCGCCCCCAGCCAGGAUUCAUUGGCUUCUGUGAAAGUGGGAUUUCUUGGAAGGCUGAGGGGCUUUCAAGGCGCCAUGCUGCCGCUACUGCUGGGUCUGCUGGGCCCGGUGGGCUGCUGGGCCUUGGGCCCGGCCCCUGGCCCGGGCUCCUCUGAGCUGCGCUCUGCCUUCUCCGCGGCACGCACCACCCCCUUGGAGGGCACGUCGGAGAUGGCAGUGACCUUCGACAAGGUGUACGUGAACAUCGGAGGCGACUUCGACGCGGCCACGGGCCAGUUCCGCUGCCGCGUGCCCGGCGCCUACUUCUUCUCCUUCACUGCUGGCAAAGCCCCGCACAAGAGCCUGUCGGUGAUGCUGGUGCGGAACCGCGACGAGGUGCAGGCACUGGCCUUCGACGAGCAGCGGCGGCCCAGCGCGCGGCGCGCCGCCAGCCAGAGCGCCAUGCUGCAGCUCGACUACGGCGACACGGUGUGGCUGCGACUACACGGUGCCCCGCAGUAUGCGCUGGGCGCGCCAGGCGCCACCUUCAGCGGCUACCUGGUUUACGCCGACGCCGACGCCGACGCGCCUGCGCGCGGACCGCCCGCGCCCCCCGAGCCACGCUCGGCCUUCUCGGCGGCGCGCACGCACAGCUUGGUGGGCUCGGACGCGAGUCCCGGACCGCGGCACCAGCCGCUGGCCUUCGACACCGAGCUCGUCAAUAUCGGCGGCGACUUCGACGCGGCGGCUGGUGUGUUCCGUUGCCGACUGCCCGGCGCCUACUUCUUCUCCUUCACGCUGGGCAAGCUGCCGCGCAAGACCCUGUCGGUGAAGCUGAUGAAGAACCGCGAUGAGGUGCAGGCCAUGAUUUACGACGACGGCGCGUCGCGGCGCCGCGAGAUGCAGAGUCAGAGCGUGAUGCUGGCCCUGCGGCGUGGUGACGCCGUCUGGCUGCUCAGCCACGACCACGACGGCUACGGCGCCUACAGCAACCACGGCAAGUACAUCACCUUCUCCGGCUUCCUGGUGUACCCCGACCUCGAAUCCACCGGCCCACCAGGCCUCGGGGCCCGGGAGCUGCUGUGAGCCCCCGGCCGGAGAGGAGACCGACCGGGAGGGCCAGGGGGGUGCAUGCCGAGCCCGGACCGCGGCCCGAACGCCCCGCGCGAGCGCGACGGCUGCUGGGCGCGCCUGAACUCGUGACAAUAAAGAAGAAAGCGGGCCCGCGCAGCGCCCAGGCCCCUG